AUGGGUUGUUUCUCGUGUUUCGAUUCGAGUGACGAUGAGAAGUUGAAUCUAGUGGAGGAAUCAAAGGGUCAGAAACAAUCACAACCGACAAUAUCCAAUAACAUUUCUGGACUACCUUCAGGUGGGGAGAAGCCUAGCUCGAAGAACAAUGGAGGGUCGAAAAGGGAGCUACUGCUUCCUAGGGAUGGGCUUUCUCAAAUUGCUGCUCAUACAUUCGCUUUCCGUGAGCUAGCUGCUGCAACUAUGAACUUUCAUCCCGACACUUUCUUAGGCGAAGGUGGAUUCGGACGUGUCUACAAGGGAAGGCUUGACAGCACUGGUCAGGUUGUUGCUGUUAAACAAUUGGAUAGGAAUGGUCUACAAGGUAACAGAGAAUUUCUGGUAGAGGUUCUUAUGCUCAGCCUUCUUCAUCAUCCCAACUUAGUCAAUCUUAUUGGUUACUGUGCUGAUGGAGAUCAACGACUCUUGGUCUACGAGUUUAUGCCUUUAGGAUCAUUGGAAGAUCACCUUCACGAUCUUCCACCGGAUAAGGAGGCCUUAGAUUGGAACAUGAGAAUGAAGAUAGCUGCUGGUGCAGCGAAAGGUUUGGAAUUCCUACAUGAUAAGGCAAACCCUCCGGUUAUUUAUAGAGAUUUCAAGUCGUCGAACAUUUUACUAGAUGAGGGUUUUCAUCCAAAGCUUUCUGAUUUUGGGCUUGCUAAACUCGGACCAACCGGAGACAAAUCUCAUGUCUCCACUAGAGUCAUGGGCACUUAUGGUUAUUGUGCUCCCGAGUACGCAAUGACUGGACAGUUGACAGUAAAAUCAGAUGUCUAUAGUUUUGGUGUGGUUUUUCUCGAGCUCAUUACUGGUCGUAAAGCAAUAGACAGCGAGAUGCCUCAUGGAGAGCAGAACCUAGUGGCUUGGGCUCGCCCAUUGUUCAACGACAGGCGAAAGUUCAUAAAACUGGCGGAUCCUAGGUUAAAGGGGCGGUUUCCAACUCGCGCACUGUACCAAGCUUUAGCCGUGGCUUCAAUGUGCAUCCAAGAGCAGGCGGCUACACGUCCUCUCAUAGCAGAUGUGGUCACUGCACUCUCCUAUCUUGCAAACCAAGGUUAUGAUCCAAACAAAGAUGACAGUAGGAGAAACCGAGAUGAAAGAGGAGGGAAGUUAAUAACAAGAAACGAUGAAGGAGGUGGCUCGGGAAGUAAAUUCGAUCUAGAAGGUUCCGAGAAAGAAGAUUCGCCAAGAGAGACAGCUCGGAUAUUGAACCGAGAUAUCAAUAGGGAGCGUGCGGUUGCCGAGGCUAAGAUGUGGGGAGAGAGUUUAAGGGAGAAACGAAGACAGAGCGAGCAAGGAACUUCAGAGAGCAACAGCACCGGGUAG